AUGGCGCCCUUAGUGGAGAGCUUCCACAGAUUCGACGUCGUCUCGGACCAUUCAGACCACCACUACAGCAACACUGACGGGAACGGAAUCAGUUUCACCUACUGUGGAAGCACAGUGUACAAGAAGAUCAUGCGUGAGUGGAAAAUUCUAAGAAAGCACCUCCCGGACUCGACCUAUGUGCGAGUGUACAACACUCGAAUCGACCUACUGAGAGCCGUCAUUGUUGGAGCAGCCGGCACGCCCUACCACGACGGAUUGUUCUUCUUCGACAUCAAGUUCCCGUCCAACUACCCGUACCAACCGCCACAGGUCCAUUACCAUUCCCACGGAUUGAGGCUCAACCCGAAUCUGUAUGAAAGCGGCAAGGUCUGUCUGAGCUUGCUCAAUACGUGGUCCGGGAAAAAGAAAGAGAUGUGGGAUCCAAAUCAGUCGACUAUCCUCCAAGUGCUGGUGUCUAUACAAGGACUUGUUCUGAACGAAAAACCCUUCUAUAAUGAACCCGUUCGUCUCCGUAUCUUUCAGGAGGAGAACUCCCGUCGUUACAAUGAGGACGCGUUUAUCAAAACGUGCAAGACGACGUUGUAUUUGCUCCAAAAACCGCCCAAGAAUUUUGAGCUUUUCACCGACCAUUUUCGACAGAGAGCAAACCGGAUACUGAGAGCUUGUAACGCUUACACUAACAGUCGUGUGGGAGUCGGGUACUACAUAGAUGACAAUGACAAUAUAACUAAGGAUGACACUAAAGUUAAGGACUCUGCAAUUUCAAUUCACCCUGUUUCGACGACAUUUAUUGAUUCGAUGGAACAGUUGUACCCGAAACUCGUUGUGGUUUUUAGAUGGAAUAAGGCCUCAAAUUUGGUCGAGCACUUGAAUUUGGAGAACGUUACGACGCGGCGGGAGUCUGCAGGCAUGCUUUGUCGUCCUUAUUGUCUUCUUCUUUGUUGUGCAUUAGUAGCACUGAUUUGUUACUUCAUGUUUAGGGCUUAG